GGAGCAAUUUUUUGGUGUGUACCAUGCAAAUGAAGAUUAUUUUACUAGAAAAGUUAUCAGCAGAAUACAGUGGAUCUGAACUUGAUAUCUUUUAGCUCUGCCAGUCUCAAAAAAUCAUGGUUCCGAGGAUUUAGUAUUCCCUGCACUCUCUGCUUCGCUCUUCAGCUCCUCUUCAAGUUUGUUAUGGUGCACUACUCUUUUUCCUCUUCUUUCUACUAAAUGAACUCUUUUAGUAAUUAACUCAUUUUGCCAAAUCUUGAAUGAAUUCAGUUGUUUGUCGUCUAUACUUGAGGUUUUUUUUUCAUUUAGUACACUGUUUAACUUUGCAUAUUAAUUAUUUCAGUGCUGCUUUUGAAGGUUUUGUUCUUUGUUUCAAACAGUGGAUCCCAUUUUCAGAACUAAACAUAACAAAGUUCCUAGCUCAUUGUUUCCUUAAACUUUAUUCUGUUGCUUUGAUUGAUGAAAAAUAGUGUCAAGCUGAUGUUUCCCUUUGUUCUUCUUUCCUGCUACUUAUAAAAAACUGAACUUUAGCACAAAUCUUAAGUAUCUAGAUCUGCCUUUAAAAUCCAUUAGGCAAAAGUAAUCAAGAAAAGGGGUGAUUUUGUUGGGACUGUACAAGAAGUUGUGGUAUAUAAAAAUGAGAUCCAUAGAGGACAAAGGAUGCUUGAAUUAUGGACAAAAACAAGAGGUUGUAGGAGGAGGAAGCAAUAUGAAUUUUGAGUUUCAUAAAGGGAAUGGAGUAAAUCGUGCAACGACACACCAUAGAACAGCAGCCUCAGGUAAACCAACACCAUCAAAAUGGGAUGAUGCACAAAAAUGGUUAGUGAAUCUUUCAAGAGGUGGAGGAGAAAAACACCAAUCUAAAGCCACCCCUCGAAACUCGAAUGCUGAUGACUUAAGGUUGAUUGCACCAGUUCCAAAGAAAGAGGACUAUUCGAGUGGCGAGGAGGGAGAUUCUAGUAGUAUGAUUCAAUUUGAAGUGGAAACAAAGAAAGUUGAUUGUGAUGAAUCAAUAUGGAGAAUCAAUAAGGCUUCUAAUAACAACUCUGCCUCAGCUGUUCGAUCGAUAUGUGUUAGGGACAUGGGAACAGAAAUGACACCAAUUGCAAGCCAAGAACCAUCAAGAACUGCCACUCCAAUUAGAGCUACUACUCCAGCAGCAAGAAGUCCAAUAUCCUCAGGAUCUUCUACUCCUGUUAGGGGCCACAAUGGGCUACUGCAGACUAUAGAAAAUGGUCAAACUGUUGCCACCACAGGUGAGAACAGGGUAAAUGCAGGGACUACACGAAUCGUUCGCGAUGCAGAAGAAACUAUUGACAAUGAAUUAGCAGCUAAGAAGGAAACUGAACCUGCAAAUCCACUGGAAACUCGCGCAAUGGCUUGGGAUGAGGCUGAACGUGCCAAGUACAUGGCCAGGUAUAAGCGCGAAGAGGUGAAAAUACAAGCUUGGGAAAAUCAUGAAAAGAGGAAAGCUGAAAUGGAAAUGAAAAGAAUGGAGGUGAAGGCAGAAAGAAUAAAAGCAAGGGCACAAGAGAAGUACACAAAUAAGUUGGCAUCAACAAGGAGAAUAGCAGAGGAGAAAAGAGCCAACGCUGAAGCAAAGCUGAAUGAAAAAGCUGUUAAGACUUCUGAAAAAGCAGAUUACAUAAGGAGGACUGGUCAUCUUCCCUCCUCUUUCUCUUUUAAGUUACCUUCUUUCUGCUGGUAGCAUCUUUCUUGUAUAACUAUAAACUAUAUUUAGUAACCAGGAUUUGAAGCUACAGAUUCGGAAUUAUUGUCCUUUUAACUUAUUGAGUUAUAAAUUAAUAAUUUGUAGA